AUGCCACCAUCUCGAGUACUUGUACUGUGUAGACGGUAUAAUGGAGAGAUAAAUGGCGCUAGACUACUAAGCAACGGCACAGUUGACCUAAACCUCACUUUUGGAGACAUCAAAAUCAUUGUGGAUGAAAUUGAACCUCAUCCUCCACAAAUCGCUUCUCCACAAGCAGACUGUGAUGUGGACGGGGAUCCCACCAAUCACUUACAAAAACGACCCCCCCUCCAUCUCAGUCUUACCCCUGUCGAGGCGAUUAAACGAGAACAACUGGUCCGAACCGUUGAAUCAAUCCUCUGGGGAAUGCAUGGCAUCGAUUCAGGAAGGCAAUGA